CUAAAAAUGUCAACUGACACUUUGUAUAUAUCUCACUGGCACCAGAGCACUUUUGUUUGUGAAUGAAAAAAUCGAAUUCCAAAGUCUUCCAACAAUUUAAAACAAUUUAAAAACCAAUGCGCUGACAAAUUAAAUAAUAAAAUUAGCCUCAGAAGAACAGAACUAUAUGAAUCGCAACUAAAAAAAUGAUUAACUCUCCCUGAGAAGAAUUAAGGACGAGAAUUUGUCUCAACGAUGUCAGGGACUAAGUUUUCUAGUGGAGGUGAUGUUGAGGAUCAUUUGAAGAGACAAGGAUCGUUUAGAAAACUCGUGCCUGCAAAUCCGAAUGCAGAAUCGCAAUUGGGUAUGUCUGUAAAAAUGCUUGAACGUCCUAAUGUGGCUCAAACUAGCAAGGAAUAUGCUGCAUUUCUUCAGGAAUAUAAUAUUCUUUCGGAAUAUAAUAUACUCCGAAGUCAAGAUUUAAAAGGAAUUUAUGUGAUACCUUCUGCACAAAAUCCUUUCCUUUGGUUUGGAGUGCAAUUUAUACGACAAGGUGUUUAUCAAGGAGGAGUAUUUAGAUUUACAAUUACGUUACCAUCCAGUUUUCCGGAGGGCGGAUGUCCGACCGUAAAUUUUCAAACGAAAAUAUUUCAUCCGCUCAUAAAUCCCGACACGGGAGAAUUAAAUACUUCCUGGGGAUUCGUCGACUGGAGAAAAACCAACAGGGUCUGGCAACUUAUUCAAUAUAUAACAAAAGUUUUGACGAAAGUGGAUUCGAAAAUGGUGCCCAUUAAUGAGGAAGCGUCUCUUUUAUUAGAAACCAAUUUAGAAGAGUUUCGAGAACGGGCCAAAAAUUGCGUGAAGGAAAGCUUGAAUCAAGUUUACAAUCCUGCCUCAACGGAAGAUCCUCAUUAUAUAACAUUUAGUCCUUACGAUAAUGAUCUUCACGAUCCGAUCAGACAGGAAAUAUACAAACCAAGGGAAGAGGAUGAUAAAAACAAAGCAAUUGGAUUUUCGUGGGUUCAACCCGGAUCUCUUCAAGCUUUUUCAAAACCGGAAGCAAGAUAACGGAUAAUAAUCGCUGUUUCCUGGUUUCUUAUUUAGAAAAAUGAAUCAAUAAUUUGUAUUUCUCUUCGGAGAGAUGAAUUCUUGAUUCAUUUUUUGAAUUUUCGAUUUUUUUCAAUCACGAUAACUUAAUUUUGAAAAUAUUUGUUUUAUCUAGUGAUUUUUUCUAGGUAAAAGCCAUAUCUUUUUCAGAAUUUUUAAGCAAAAAAAUAUUGUCUUACGGAAUUUUAAAGACAAAAAUGUGCAGCCUUUUGUAUUCUAAAUUGUUCUACGUAAAUCAAAGGCUGGGUUUAAUAACCGGAAACAAAGUGCGGAGGAUUUUAAUACUCAUGUGUGACGUAUACUAAAAAUUCCCUGAUUUGUGCGAAUACGUUUUAAUUUGAAAGUUGAAUGAGCAGUAUUAAAUUUAAUUAAUUUAAUUGUUAGAAUCAGCAGAUUACAAAGUGUUUGAUUCUUUUUUUCUGAUCAAAACUUUUUUAAUUUGCUGAUAGUAAAUUAAACAAAAAAAAAAGAGAUUUAGAUAGUAUAAUUUGAUUAGUAUUAUCGUUUUUUAAAUGGAAAAACUGGAGUUUUAGUUUUAAAUUCUCAAAUAUUUAUUAUUUAGUGCUAGAGUAUAAAAAUUAAACUCUAAGAAAUACAGUUUCUUCGUUUGAGACAGAAAAAGUAUUACUUUUAUUGUUUCCAGUAUUGUUAAAUUGGAAGUAUCUUGUGAAAAUUAUGAUCUUUAAUUUUAAACUGAUAUAAAUAGGAGAUUUAAUAUUCGCACAGGUCUUAUAAAGUACGUUUUGCCUUAAGUAACCAACUAAUAUUAUCAUAGAGUUUGUUAUAAAAAUAUUUAUUAUAUUAAGCAAGAAUAUUAGACAGAGA